GGUAGAUCCAACAAAUUUAGUCUAUCAAACUUUACUGUUUUUCAACUUUACUGUAACCGUUUUCAUUCACAAGAUUCCAACUUUACUGUUUUUCAAUAGUGAUCCCUUCAGCUGAAAUCUAGUGCUUGGCAUUUUCGUUUCACUCGUUUCUCAAAUAUUUGCCGAAUAUCUCAAAUUCCAACAACUUUGGUGUAGUCAAAAUCUAGUCUUUGGCAUUCGGGAAGAUAUAUAUUUAUUUCUUAGCUCUCUCAAUCUCUCUCUCUUUGGAAGAAAAUGGGGGAGAAGAGUGGUUCAAAAGGGUGGUGUGGUUGGUUUCUGGCGUUUAUAGUGUUGGGGGCAGUAGUUUUGGCAGUUUUCUUCACUGUUAGAUCCAAGAUUCACAAAUCUGAUUCUGGGCCUGACCCUGUUCCUGGCCCUCCUGGCGCCAUUGCCAAGAACUAUGCUGAUGCUCUCAAGGUUGCGACUCAGUUUCUCGACAUACAAAAAGCUGGGAAGCUGGAGGAUAAUCAAAUUACAUGGAGGGGUGAUUCGGCUUUGGACGAUGGGAGUGAGGCGAAAUUGGAUCUCUCCAAGGGAAUGUAUGAUGCCGGUGAUCAUAUGAAGUUUGGGUUUCCAAUGGCCUUCACUGCCACGGUCUUGUCAUGGGCCAUCCUUGAGUAUGGUGACCAAAUGAAGGCUGUAGAUCAGUUGGAACCCGUUCAAGGCUCGCUUAAGUGGAUCACAGACUUCCUCGUUAAUGCUCAUCCUACUGAUAAUGUGUUAUACAUUCAGGUUGGGAGCCCUAAAGCAGACCAUAGUUGUUGGGAGAGACCCGAGGACAUGAAAGAGGCAAGGCCCCUCACACAGGUGAACACGUCUGCUCCGGGAACUGAUGUUGCUGCAGAAACAGCAGCUGCUCUAGCAUCGGCAUCUCUGGUGUUUAGGAGCAGUGACUCUGCGUACUCGGCUACUCUUCUUAAGCAUGCUAAACAAUUAUUUACAUUCGCGGACAAAUAUAGGGGAUCUUAUAGCGUCAGUAUUCCUGAAGUACAAACUUUCUACAACUCCACCGGCUAUGGUGAUGAGCUCUUGUGGGCAGCAAGUUGGCUCUUUCAUGCUACACGGGAUAAAUCAUAUAUGGAAUACGUGACUGGAAAAAAUGGUGAAGAUUUUGCUGAUUGGGGGAGUCCGACUUGGUUUAGCUGGGAUAACAAGCUUGCUGGAGCUCAGGUUCUGCUAUCCCGAGUUUCCUUCUUUGGCUCAAAGGACGUCUCCAAUUCCAAUGUCCUCGACAAAUAUAGAGAGUCAGCAGAAGCCGUAAUGUGUGGUCUAUUACCCAAAUCGCCAACUGCUACCACUAGCAGAACACACAGUGGUUUAGUGUGGAUAAGUCAAUGGAAUGCGUUACAGCAUCCUGUCGCCUCAGCAUUUCUAGCAGUCAUAUACAGCGAUUACAUGCUCUCGUCCCGAGUGGCAAAACUAUCUUGCAAUGGAAGAGAUUUUAGGCCGUCUGAUCUACGAAAGUUCGCACUCUCUCAGGCAGAUUUUGUAUUGGGCAACAACCCAUUAAAAAUGAGUUUUCUUGUGGGCUAUGGGGAUAAAUAUCCCCAAUAUGUCCAUCAUAGAGGAGCCUCGAUCCCGACUGAUGCAACAACCGGUUGCAAAGACGGUUUCAAAUGGCUCGAGUCGGAACAGCCAAACCCCAAUGUUGCGAUGGGGGCACUAGUCGGUGGACCAUUUCUCAACGAGUCAUUCGUGGAUUCAAGAAACAACUCGAUGCAAACUGAACCGAGCACCUACAACAGUGCAGUCAUCGUAGGCCUCCUCUCAGCUCUGGUGACUACAUCAUCGGUCGCUCAAUCUUUCACAUAGGCAAACUGCUCGGCAUUCGUUUGCUUCACCAUUUCAUUCUCAAAUUCUUUAAUAUCUAGUGUGCGCUUGUUAGGGAAUAUGCUGUAUAUGCAUAUAUCUAUCCAUAUUGAGUGUAAAUUUUGUAGUAGUAAUGUGAUGAUUUGUGGAAAACGAGUGCUUAAACUUGUCCCCAUAUAUGCUUAAUUUGCUAGUAACAUGAAUGCUAGUUGGUUCUA